CGCAGCUGAUGCAACACUGGACUGAGAUAACACCAAGCAUCACGUCACGGCGCUGUAGGCUACAAAAUCAGCUCACAAGAGGAAGUCGCAUCCUAUUCUCAAUAAGCCACACAGGAUUUCUUUUUGGCUGCAUAUAAUUUAAUUCACCGGUACCAGCAUGCCUGUCAUCAGAACCCUCAGCAAGGUGGCCAAGCAGGCUCUGCUCAGCACCCCGGGGUGCGGCUGCCAGCCCCUAACGGUGGCUGUACGCAACAUCAGCUUCUCCCCCCGCCAGGUGACGUCUGAUGCAAGCUUCCACUCUGUGUCCUUCUCAGAAACAGACCACCCAAAGGUGCUCAUUACAGGUGGCCUGGGACAGCUUGGUGUGGGGCUUGCCAAAUUGUUGAGGAAGAGGUUUGGAAAGAACAACGUCAUUCUGUCCGACAUCAGGAAGCCUCCCAGCAACGUUUUCCACAGUGGCCCCUUCAUCUACUCAGACAUCCUGGACUACAAGAACCUGCGGGAAAUUGUGGUGAACAACCGCAUCACUUGGUUGGUUCACUACAGCGCCCUCCUCAGUGCUGUGGGAGAGGCUAACGUGGCUCUGGCGCGGUCUGUUAACAUCACUGGGCUUCACAACAUCCUGGACAUUGCGGCUGAGCACGGCUUGCGUCUGUUCGUCCCCAGCACCAUCGGUGCCUUUGGUCCCACUUCUCCCCGCAACCCCACUCCAGAUCUCUGUGUGCAAAGACCUCGCACCAUCUAUGGUGUCUCCAAAGUUCAUGCUGAGCUGAUGGGAGAGUACUACCACCACCGUUACGGCCUGGAUUUCCGUUGUCUUCGCUACCCAGGAAUCAUCUCAGCUGACUCCAUGCCUGGUGGCGGCACAACAGACUAUGCCGUCCAGAUCUUCCACGAUGCAAUCAAAACCGGAAAGUUUGAAUGCAACCUGAAACCCGACACACGGCUGCCCAUGAUGUACAUUGACGACUGCCUGCGUGCCACGCUGGAGGUGAUGGAGGCGCCAGCUGACUCACUGAGCAUGAGGACCUACAACAUCAACGCAAUGAGCUUCACCCCCGAGGAACUGGCCCAGGAGCUCCAGAAGCAGAUGCCAGAGCUGGAGGUCACGUAUGACGUUGACCUUGUCCGACAGGCUAUUGCUGACAGUUGGCCAAUGAACUUCGAUGACUCCAAUGCAAGGAAGGACUGGGGCUGGAAGCACGAUUAUGAUCUCCCAGAGCUCGUCCAGACGAUGCUGAACUUCUUUGGCGCAGAAACACGCAUGGCCCGCGCUAACUGAGGGCGCGCCGCAUCAGAGUAUUGUUUGUACAUAAUGUAAAGACUGACCAAAGAGAAUAGAGAAACAUGGCCUGUACAUAGUUGUUCUCUCACUUCUCUCUGUAAAUCAGAAGGGCUCUGCUUGCCUGACACAAGGCCACCGUGUCUGCAGAAUGUAAAGUCAGUGCGGGCUAGACAAUCCUUCCCCUGCUCCUGUCUAUCAACCCGACUUUGCUCUCUUUUCCCUAUUUUUCUGCUUGGAGAUUUGGGUAAGGAGCAGUCCUGUCAGUGGAAGGUUGUCAGCAGUAUCAGGGAUAACAACAUGGCCUGUGAAAACUUGUUCAGAAGAAAAGGAGGACGACUUGCAUGUUCAUGAAUUGUGCACCGUGUUGCAAAGUUAACAAACUGGAGAAAGUUGCAUUGUGUAUUUGUGAGCAUCCAGUUUUCUUUGAAAAUCCAAAUCUGCCAGGAUUGUUUUGCUAAAUUUCCAAGGAUUGCCUAAAUUCAGGUAUUCAGGGCCUAAUGCUCCUGGGGCUAAAAUCAAAUAACUCAAUGACUUUGGAUUUUAAGGGUAUACAAAUACACAAGUCGUGUCCUUUGAUGCACUUUAGACCAAUUUAUAUCUUAAAAUUACUGACAAAUAAAUGAGCCUAAUCACUUGCGAGGGCGAUUUCUAUUACAGUGCAUCUGUAUUUCGAGCAGUGCAGAGAGAUAAUUCUUAAGAAUUGUUCCUUUUAUUCCGACAUAACAUUAUUUAUUCUGUCUAUUGGUGUUAAAUGUGUGGGAGCUUCAUCAAGUGAAAGCAUUUUCUUAACACUCUUGUUUCCAAGUGUUUAUGUCCAGUUUUAUGUUUUUUUUUUUUUUUCAUCAACUCUGUGGGAUUAUUUUGACACAAAGGGAAAUGUGACAUUAUAUGCCGCAUUUAAGUUUAGCCACAUUCGGUGGUUUCUGUAAUUCAACAUUCUGUGAAAGGAAUAGAAUUGGUUAAUAUGUGAAUGUAUUAGCAGGUUCUUUCUGUUCUUUCAAUCACACAAUAAGCUUUGACAAUAAAACUGUUUUCCAUGUA